CAUGACCGCGUUGCUGAGAUGAGCAGUCCCCCGGUCGCUGUGGUGAGAGAAGUACCGAAGAGGGGACAGGGCGCCUGGCAGACGUACACUGUGGGGGUGACCGGGGGACAGGUUGAGGCAGUGGUGACUGGGAAAGAGGAUGAGAAUAAGGAUUGGCAGCCACUGCGCAUCAAUGUAUCAUAUGAGAAUCUGAAAGAUGAAGCUGGAUUGUACUGUAAAAACGGAAAUGAAAAGAAAAAGAGUUUUUGGACUGGGAAUAAUGAGCAGUGUAAAGAUGAAGAUGUUAUGGACGAAAAUAAGAAGAAUGAACUCAUCGAUAAGAUUCUCCCUGCGGCCAUCAAAUUACACACCGAUCGUCUCCUCGUUAAGCGAGUGAAAACACCCUUGAAAGAACUAACAGUUGAAAAUACAGAAAUUUGUUCUCACUUCGCAAUUCCAACGGUAGAAGGCAGCGACAAACCCAAGGUCGACAAAGUGAAGUUGUCAGAGUCUGAUUUCUUGUUGUAUGUGGCUACUGGUUCCAGUGGAAAUAAUGCACCUUCUUCCUGGGCUCUCACUUGUGCUGUUGAUACUGAAAGUAAACGUCCAAUCGUUGGUGCCAUGCGUGUCAACCCAAAGAUCAUUCUCGCUGGAAAGGGUAUCGUGCGCCUUCUUGCACAUGAACUUGGCCAUGCUCUUGGAUUUGACUACGAGAGAAUGAGGGAGCGUGGGAUGAUAACUUUCCGCAACAUUCGAGGCGAAAAUCUCACAGUGGUGAAUUCUACUAAUGUACUGAUGAAGGCGAAGGAACAUUAUAACUGUGAAACCAUGGAAGGUGUGGAGUUGGAAGAUGACAAUAAAGAGUAUUUUACGGGACCAAAAUGUACACACUGGGCGCAGCGGUACGCCAAGGAUGAAUUGAUGAGUAUCACUCAAUAUACUUCAGUUUUCGAAAAUAUUGGGUACUACACUGCACUGACAAUUGCAGCAUUUGAAGAUAUGGGUUUUUAUAAAGGAAAAUUUGNUGGGUCCGUGUUCUGCGCGUAA